AUGGAGUGGCGCCCAUAUCCAUAUCCAACGGACAAAUCCCCCCUGGAAGGCACCACCGCUCAACAUGAAGAAGAGUGGCUUCACGCAGCCCAUACAGAUCCCAUCUUCGCCCACCCCAUCGGUUACAAGGACAUAACCGAAGCCAUCAAGCUGGAGCUCCUGCAAAGAACCUUUUGGCCGUCCCUAGUAUCGUGGGUCGAGGCCCGUCAAGAAGUCCUCCCAAGUGGCGAAAUCUUGGGUGGCUGGUCUCGCGCCGAUAUGUACGGAAUGAUGGACUGGUACCGCCUCUGCUUCAACAUGACUUCCCGAUACGAAGACGCCGUAGCCGCCCAUGAAGACGGAAUAUGGCGAACUGUAAUUCUCACUUCGCCAUGGUGGGACUGGCCUGAAUUCGCCUAUUUAUAUGUGAAGACUAUCCGAGACGAUAAGGGUGUUCCUCAACGGGAUGCGAACGGCCGUAUAAAAAGAGAGAUGAGAGACCCAUAUGAUGACAAGCUCGAAGACGAGUUUAUGGAUAUCUGGGAGCGGGUGGCCAACACUCGACCUUUGAGGAAGCAUCCCAAUGGAAGGGUUUUCCUACCAUGCGAUAGACCUACAAUUUCCAAGGCAGCCACCACUGGAGCAGCCAUUGCCGCUAAAGCGAAUGGGAAUGGAGUUGGUUCAAACGUUCCUAGUAGAACAGCCACACCGCAGGCUGCGAGGUGA